CGGAAUAUUCCCUACUGACAAAAUGCUUGAGACCAUUUCCCGAAAACUAUAUAUAGCAAUCUUUGAAUCCCAAAAUUUGCCCUAGAACUUCUUGAACAGCCGCAACAUGCUCCUUCGCACCAAACAGUCACUUUCUCUCUCUUCACUCUACACUUGCCACCGCCACCAGAUUCGCGAAGGGGUUUAGGGUUCCGUCCAUGGACGCCGUUGAAUUGCCGUUACCAGUUGACGUGGCAGCUGCCCCCAAAUUGAUGGGAUCGGAGGGUUUCUCGCUAAUUCAAAAUGAUGUUGCAAGUAUAAAAACGGCAGCUGAGUUUCCUUCCUGCAAUAAAUUUGUAGAAACUCAACUCUCUAAGAAUUCUAGUCUGCUGCCCCAUCUCAAGGGUGAAGAGGCGUCCAAAAAUAUGCCUAGUGGUAAUGGCAGAAAUUGUCCUGUAAUUAAUUCUAGAUUAGAAGGUGUACCAUUUCAACGAAAAUCAGCAAAAUCAAACAGGAGUAAUAGUUCUUGUUCAAAGAGGCCACGGAUGUCACAACCAGAAGAUUCUUUAAGCCCUAAUGGAAUUGAGGAGUCAAAGGAUAUUUCUGAUAAACUUGGAUCUCAUAAUUUAAACUGUACUUCUCCAGAGAAAAAUCAAUUACCCAAGCAAAAGAGCAAUUCUAGCAAGCGUGGUGAUAAGAGGAAUUUUAAAGUGCCUUCUGCCAAGGCUAAAUUUGAGUCAUCCUCUAUGAAGAUGGGUGCAUCAAUCUUCAGUUCUACGUCUGGGGGGAACAACUUUUUUGGGCUAUAUGGUCUGAAACAUGAUUUUCAUGAUGUCACAAAGCUUAUUGAUGAACCACCGUUAGAUGAGCUCCUUAGGGGCACUUUUGAGUGCCCCAUUUUAAGCAAAGAUAAAGGGAAGAAAACAUCAAGUGUGAGUGAUAGUUUUUUAAAUUCAGUAAGAAAGGCAUGCUCUAUCCUUCAGUGCCCAAAACCCGUUCAGUCCCAAAAUAUGACUGAGAUGGAUUACUCCUCCAACAUGAAAAUGUCAACUUGCCAAUUGAGCUCAGUUUGUGCAGUAGAAAGUGUUGGUAAUGGGGAUAAAGAGCAGUCUUGUACAUUAGAUAUGUCUUCAUGUCAGAAGGAUCAUUGUAGUGAAGUAGAAAGUACAACUAGUCCGCUUGACUUCCCAUUACAUCAACCUAAGGAUGUUUUGGAACGAAUUGCACUCCAUCCAUUCCAGGAUUUGGAGUCUUUGCUGCUUGAUGUGUCCAAGCCUGCUGUUACCACAAAGAAUGGUAUUGAUCAACGGUCAGGCAAGCAAGUGUCUCGUCGGCCAAGCCUGCCAACCUUUCCAUGGUCACAUGCUUUUGGUGGCCAUUCUAGAACUAAUUCUGACACAGGUAAGUUAUCAACAAGUAGAAGCAUGUGCCAAGGUAAAUGGUCAAGGACAUGUGUCAUUGCUAGCUCUACAGAUGCUGAUCGCAGUUCCUUCACAAACCUUGAUUCAUUCAGUUAUGAUCAGAGCCUUGUUCCUUCAUCUGGUAGUUCAGACAAAAAGAAUUUCUCAUCUUUAUUUGCUAACCUUCCUUUCCAUCUGUUGGAUUCUUCAUCUUCUGUAUCAUGUUCAGAAGAUUCUUGGGCUAAAGCAGAAUUUGGAGGCCCAGCUGAUACUAAAGAGAACGAUGAGCGUUGUCCAAGAGUAUUAACUGCUGCACAAACUCUCUGUGAAAUUGCAACUCAUUCACAGAGGCAGAACUCAGAUGGAAUUUUAAGAUGGCAAAGGAAAACUUCACAAAAGACCAUGAAAGCUUGCCACUAUAAAUCAAAUGAGAAACUUGAGGAGACAUCUUCUAGACCAAUUUCAAUGAUCGGAUCUGACAUGGUGGCCAGAAGUGUGGAGCAGAUAAUGCCCUCAAAGAAGCCAAGACUUUCCAUAGUCGAGAAUAAGAACAGUGGUUACUCCAAUAUUGCCAAGAAAGGACACAUUGUGUGGCCUAUUUCAAAAUCAAGUAGAUCGUUUCCCAGUAAACAAGUUAGAGACUCGUUUGUGGAAAACAAACGCACAAAUGCCAGCAUCUUGAAGCAACAUUGUAUGAUGCCCCCACCUGCAAGGGGUUUAGAUAAGACUCGUGAUGGUCAGCAGCAGGUUGGAAAAUUAGUAGUGAUGGAUUGGAAAAGGGGAAGAGACAACACAGAUUGACCAAACAAUUAUUGACAGUAGACGCAUCAGCAGCUGGCAGCUGUUGUGUGAUUAGCAAAUGAUAGGUUAGUAAAAGGCUUCUUUGUACAUAUUGUUAUGUUGUGGCUGCAAGCCUGCGAUGAAUUUGUUGCUAGUGUUUAUGUUGGAGAGGCAAACAUGAUUCAAAUGUUGUAACAUUAAAACAGGUGUAUAAAACAGCAGAAUUCUUUGCUUACCGCAGAGUACCAAGCAUUAGUGAGAUUAAGUUCCCUCAU